AUGGGGCUUCUGAAUUCCGUGGCCUGCUUCCGACUCAUCUACAGGCAUAGAAUCUUCCCCAAUCACACUCCCUUCCAACUCUCGUGGAUCUUUUCCAUCCAGCGCGCUUGCUUGUGGGCCUUUGGUCCCCUAUACGGAAGGUUAUGUGACAUGUACGGCCCAAGAGUGGUGAUCUGGCCGCUUGUUGGCACAUGUGCUGUUCAGGUGUUUGCCAUGAGUCUGCUUCAGGAAUACUGGUACAUGAUGGAGACACAAGGAAUUCUAUUCGGCAUAGCAGCAGGAGGAGUUUACACGGCAUCCUUGGUUAGCAUGGGCCAAUGGUUCGACAGGCGUCUAGGACUGGUCGCCGGCAUUGCCGCUUGUGGCAGUAGCUUAGGGGGCAUCGUCUAUCCUCUUCUCUUGCAAUGUGCAAUGGAACAGGCAAAUUUCGAGAAUGCCAUGCAACACACAGCCCUUCUCAUUGGCAUCGUUCUCCUCCCAGCACUUUUUCUGAUCAAGGAACGCCUACCGAUUACCGGAUGGAAUCGCAACGCAAAGUGGUUCGACCUGACUCUGUUUCGCCAAAGACAUUACCCUUACUUUAUUGUCGGAUCAUUCUUGACUAUGUGGGGUUAUUGGGCCCCGAUAGACUACAUCAUGGAGUAUGCUCUUGAUUCUGGGUCCUCGCCCUUGUUUGCCCUACUUCUGCUCCCUAGCAUGAGUGCCGCAUCUAUUCCGGGCCAUGUAAUCUUCGGUCACCUGGGAGAUAGAUUGGGACAUGACGCUGUAUUGACCUUGUGCUCCUCGGGACUCGGUGCUUCGUAUAUCCUAUGGGUACCCCUCAACUAUACCCAGUCCGCAGCGGGGAUAUUUGUCUUCACGCUGGCCUUUGGGUUCUUGAGCGGAGGCUUUAUCAGUCUGCUUAUGCCCUGCGUGGCAAGACUUGGAAGUGCAGAGACGCUGGGGCAAAGACUUGGCUCGUUCCAAUUUUUCAUGGCAAUAAGGUCAGUCUUCCUAACUCGAGACCUUGUGUAUAAUGAGAAGCUGGGCACAUAA